UAUUAACAAGAGGUGCCGCCCUAACCCAGACCUUCAUCAUUUGCGAAAGUGGACCACACCUGAGGCUCUCAAUUGUGCAACAAAUUUGUAUAAAAAUCGCGGAAUAGUCGUCAACACUAUCAGUCUUCACUAAACCAAAAAACCACAAUGGCAUUCAAAUUCGUAGUCUUCGCCGCUGCUUUGGCUUACGCCAACGCCGGUCUCAUCGGAGCCCCAGCCGUGGCCUACUCCGCCGCCCCAGCUGUCAGCAGCGCUUACAUCCACCAAGCCGCCCCCGUGGUAGCCGCCGCCCCCGUCGCCUACGCUCACGCCGCCCCCGUUGCCGUGGCCCACGCCGCCCCAGUCGCCAUCCACGCCCCAGCCAUCGGCUCUUCGCACCAAAGCGUCGUCCGCUCCUUCGGAGGCAACCAGGCCGUGUCCACCUACUCCAAAGCCGUAGACAGUGCCUUCUCUAGCGUUCGCAAAUACGACACCCGUAUCACCAAUGAUGCUCUUGCCGUAGCUCACGCUCCCGUCGUCUCCACCUACGCUGCUCACGCUCCAGUUGUCGCUCACGCCGCUCCCGUUGUCUCCACCUACGCUCAUGCCGCCCCCGUUGUCUCUACUUAUGCUCACGCCGCCCCCGUUGUCUCCACCUAUGCUCAUGCCCCAGUUGCCACCUAUGCUCAUGCCCCAGUUGCCACCUAUGCUGCUCAUGCCCCAGUUGUUGCCACCAAAGCCGCCGCUGUUGCCUACUCCCCAGCUGCUGUUGUCUCUCAUGCCACUUUCUCUGGUUUGGGAGCUUCCUAUGCCUGGUAAAUUAAGACCUGACUGCGAUUUGUACAGAUAGUUUUAGUGUAACUUAUUUGUGAAAAUAAAUAAAUAAAAUAACAAAAAUGAA